AAGCCCAUUCUCGCGUCUUCUUCCACAGUUCAGUUCGGACAUUAUCUCCGUCAGCAAUCUCCGCCACUCACCGCCGACUUACCCGUCAAUCAUUCUUCCGCCACCCACCGCCGUUCCAUAAUCAACAACAUGCCAGCGCCGCCACCGUCCUUCCCUGAUGUUUUCGCUGUAACGGAAAUAUGAGUAUAAGGUGGCCAAGAGUGUUAAAUCCAACUCAACUUUCUCAGAUUAUAACAACUCAAAAGAAUCCUUUAAAGGCUUUGGAAAUUUUCAAUCAAGCCAAAUCAAAAUAUCCUAAAUACUCCCACAAUGGUCCUGUUUAUGCCACCAUGAUCACCAUCCUUGGAUCAUCAGGUAGACUCAAAGAAAUGAAGGAUUUGAUUGAGCAAAUGAAACAAGAUUCAUGUGAGUGCAAAGAUUCGGUCUUUGCGUCUGCUAUUAAGAUAUAUGCGAAAGAAGGGCUAGUAGAUGAAGCAAUGUUGCUUUAUAGGAACAUUCCUCAGUUUAACUGUGUGAAUUGGACACAAUCUUUUAACACACUUUUGGAGAUAAUGGUGAAUGAGGAUAAGCUUGAGGAUGCUCAUAGUCUUUUCGUUGAGAGUUCUUGUGGUUGGGAAGUGAAGUCUCGUGUUCGGGCGUUGAAUUUGCUUAUGUAUGCUUUGUGUAGGAAGAGUCGGUCGGAUUUGGCGUUGCAGAUAUUUCAAGAGAUGGAUUAUCAAGGUUGUUAUCCUGAUAGGGAGAGUUAUCUUGUUGUGAUGAAGGGAUUGUGUAAGGAUAAGAGGUUACAUGAGGCUACUCAUUUGUUGUAUUCGAUGUUUUGGAGGAUCUCUCUGAAAGGUAACGGCGAGGAUGUUGUGAUAUAUAGGACUCUUUUGGAUGCUUUGUGUGAUGAUGGAAAGUUUGACGAAGCUGUGGAAAUCCUCGGGAAGAUUUUGAGGAAAGGACUGAAAGCGCCGAAGCGAUGUUAUACCCAGCUUGAUCUUAGUCAGUGUGGUGAUGGUAAAGACGCGGAAGUUACUAAACGGUGGAUUCACGAAGCUUUGGUGAGGGGUUCAGUUCCUAGCACUGCUAGUUAUAAUGCCAUGGCGGUUGAUCUAUAUGAAGAAGGUAAGAUAGACGAGGCUGAUAAAGUUAUCAUUGAAAUGAAAAACAAAGGGUUUAAACCAAAACAUUUGAUUUUCGAGGCAAAGGUAGCUGCGUUGUGCAAGGUUGAUAAGGUCGAUGAAGCAAUCAAGGUAAUUGAAGAGGACAUGGUGGAAGUUAAUUGUCUACCAAAUGCUAGAGUUUAUAGUAUUCUCUUGAAAAACCUUCGUAAUGUUGGAAAUUCGACAUUAGUGCUCGAGAGCUUGAACAAGAUGUCGAAAAAGGUAGGUUGCAUGGGCGACAAAGAAACUUAUAGUAUUUUACUCGAGAUGCUUUGUCGCGAGAGAAGGUAUCUUGAAGCAAGCCAACUUUUGGAGCAUAUGUCGAUUAAAUCAUAUUGGCCUUGUGCUAAUAGUUACAACUUGCUCAUUGAGGGUCUUUGUUCCUUAGGUCGGCAAUAUGAAGCUGUUAUGUGGUUGGAGGACAUGAUAAGCCAGGGAAAACUUCCUGAAAUUUCUGUAUGGAGUUCGUUAGCAUCUUCGUUUUGUAAUUCUGAGAUGAUGAAAGUGUCGGUCGAGACAUUUAAUCGCCUAAGAAGUUUGUGAUUCUGAAUUCUGGUGUAAAAUAUAACAAUUAUAUAAUGAACAGAGUCUUGUACUACCAUUUUUUCGAAUAUAAAUUUGCUUCUUCAUUAGUUUUAAAGCAUUGC